GUGCAAUAUGAGAACCAAAAACACAAUCUCACCUGGUCCUCGAGCCACACUAUUGCUCUCCUGCUUUGAUGAGCAUUCGUUGCUGAAAAUUAUGUCCCACACCCUUGCUUCCUUCAGCAAAUCAAAUCCAAAUCCUAGUUUUCUCCCCGCCACGAUUGUUACUAAUCAAGAUGGAAUCUAGGCUAAGUAUAGUAUAAUCAUAUGCUAUACGCAGACUUCAGUGCUCUGAAAUUGCAGCUGGUAACGAGCAAGCAUGCGACUUUAUCCUUCUGGCUGAUGUCCUUUCCACUAGUAUGCAACAGUCCUGUCCAUCAACAAAUAAUCAGCAAGAAGCAAUCGAACUGUCGGAGGUCCGGUUCGAAAACAACUCCGCGAGUGCUUGUCAAAAACGAAUCACUUUGGCGGGUCAUCGUCGCCGUUUUGCUACUCUACCUUUUGGAUGGUCUCAUUGAUUGUUCGGAGCAGUCCGCAUCCACAAUAAGU